AUGGAGUGGCGGCCAAAUGAACGAACUGCAGAGACGGUCAUGACCAGCGUGAACCCGGUAAAGUUUUUUAAUUCGAAGAAAAACAAUUGAAUUUUCGCUUGUUCAGCAGACCAACGCAGACAAUCCGCAGACGUCCGAAGCCUAUCAAGUGCCUGGCGUGAAACACAAAAGCGUCUAUCGGGUUCUGUCUCAAACGGUGUGUUUCUCUUGUUUACACCAAUAAAAGGAUGUUUCAGGUUGUGAUUUCAGAGAUCUCCAUCCCCAGAAGAACUUUCCGGGUGCACACAGAAAUCGUCGUUAUCCCGCAGUUGAACCGUCUGAGUAGCAUCCAGCUGCAUCUCGGCCACUGUUCGUUUUUUUUUGCCUUAGGAAUGAUUCCGCAAGGAUUUCAUCUGCGAACAGAGACAAAAUUAUUCAAAAAAAAAGGAUGUUCUUUCGAGCGACCAGCUCCAGAAACUUCUGAUUUUUUUUUCCUAAAUUUAGCUUUUUCAUUGGAGAUUAUCAGGCUUUAAGUUUUCUUUUUCGAAGUAACUAAUCUAUACACUAACCCCUAUAGAUAUCUAGAGUAAUUUGGUGCUGAAUUUUCGAAAUUUAAAGGUAUUAUGUUUAUUUCGACAUUUUCCAUAGAAAAGUCCUCUCAUUUUCUGCCUGAUCAGUAUUCACUUCUACAUGAAGAACAUGUAGGUGCUCUGUUGCCGAACGAAAGCCGUGAAGAAGACGGAAAAGUUCUUGUGAAUGAUAUUCCUGCGCGUUAUCGCCGAAGGGACCCCUUCACCGUUAGUUUCAAAAGAUGAACUCUAUAAAUUUUUUUCUUUUUUCUCCAGAAUGCGUCUUCCUCUUCACACCUUCGAUGUUUGGGCGACUUCGGCCCUAAGCUUUACAAUCAACUCAAAGAGAAAGACUGUAAAUGAAGUGCUGGUUCGUUUGGAAAAUUACCGUUUUUCAGAUAAUUUGGAAAUAUUUUUUCCUGAAGAAGUUUUGCCGAAAAUCAACUCUCGUUCUGCUUUCCGCGUUUCUAUCGAUGUAAUCGUGAAAGAUCCCUAUAAGGUCGUUGAAAUUUCGAAUUAAUAUAAAAAGACAGCUUUUCUGCAGGGAGUGCAGUUUGUAGACGUUCCCAGAGGAGUUGGACGAGAUCGGGCCUCUCAUCUGUACACUUAUCAUUCUCCUUACCUUUCCGGUUUCAUCAACUCAUGGCUCUCCGAUAUUUCUCCGUCUUGUAGGCACACGAGAAUGGCUACCAUGUUUGGAUGAAACGGACCAGUUGCUCAUUUGGCAGUUGGAAAUCGUCUGUGAAGACAAUAUGAUCGCCGCUGCAAGUGCCGAACUAAAGGUUCGCUCUUAAUUUUUUUUUAGAAAAUAAAAUAAUUUAAGUUGGUUACUUACUCGCCGGAACUCAAGCAAAGAACGUUUCUGUUCACACAAACUGUGCCGACUUCUGCCUGCAACAUGGGCUGGAUCAUCGGAUAUUUCACUCCCGACCACCAUCCUGAAUCUUCGACCGUCUGUUUUACAUUAACUUCGUUCCCAAUUAUAGAGAUCCAAGUCUAGGAAUUAAGCUUUUCCACAACAGUUUUUUUUUCAGUUUUUUUUUUCGCUUUCUUUAAAAAAUAAAAGGAAAAAGGUUCAGAAAUGAGAAUUUUGCAGUUGCUCACGUUUUCUCUGCCGAAACUCUCUUCAUUUGUGAAGUAUACGACUUCGCUGCUCGAUAAAAUGGUGGAGUUUCUGGAAGAGCUGCUCUCUUGCCGCUUCCCACACUCUACCAUGAAAAUAGCGUUCGUCGACCAGGUCAGAAGGAUUUCCCUCGAAUUUCAAUUUGUCUUUAACUUCUAGGCUCCCGAAGAAGUCAUCACAUACAGUGGAAUGCUCAUCUGUUCUACCCGGAUGCUGUAUCACAAAAGAAUCAUCGAUGUAGUUCAGGUUCGUUUGAAUCCAACUGGGUUUUUCAAAACGAACGGCUAUAGGAAGUUCGCCAGGAACUAAUUUACGGCCUCGCUCAGCAGUUUUUUGGAUGCUUCAUCGUCCCGUCCCACUGGGUUCAUUGGUGGCUUGUCAAAUCGAUUGCCAGGUCCGUUUGGAAAAAAAGCCGCGUUAAGAAGGUUUUUGAGGCUUUUGACCCAUUUGUACGUCGAGAAGCUCUUUGGGACGGCUGAGAGUCGGUACCAGAUGAAGAAAAUGAUGAAUGAAGUAUGCGACUAUGAGUAUCAGUGGGGGAAGGUUUGGUUUUUUUGCACAAAAAAUCUUUUCCGCAAAAAAUCCAUUUUCAUUCUUUUCAUUCCUUUUUUUUCUCGAAAUCCAUUAUUUCGAAUGAUUAAAAAAAAACCUCUAACAAGAAGGAAUUUGAACGAAACAAAAAGUUAAAAGGAAUUUUUUUUCGACGUUCAUUUCAAAUUUUUCUGAUCUGAAAAAAAUGAUCUUACAAAAAUGAAAAAAACUCUGAAAAAUUGAAAAUAAAUUUUUAUACGUUGCUUCGUUGAAUUUUCUCAUGAAGUUUAGAUAACGAUCGCUCACAUUUAGUGUGAAGUUAGUGAAUUUCUGUAAAUUUUCUCAAGUUUUUUCUGAAGAUGUAUUCUCUGUACUAGACGCCAAAUAUAAAAAGCUAUGAGAAAUCUUCAACUUUCUCAACCUUCAAAGAGUUUUCGAGCAAGUUCUUGAGAAUUUUAAAAGUGACCGUUCUGGAAGAAAUAGGGAAACCAAUCUGCGGAAAAGUUUCAUUAGCGCAAGUUCUAUUUUCUCUUGGUAUAGACGGCGAUUCGUGCAGAUAAUCCUCACUCCUGAACUGACGGAUCCCCAGCGGAAGAAUGUCGACUGCGACCCUCGCCACGAGCUCACUUGCUCUCCUCUCUACGUUCAGGCGAUGCUCAAGAAAGGCUUCCUUAUCAUGCGCAUGCUCUUCUGUCGUCUCGGAAAGGAACCUUUUCUCCAGGUUCCCCUUUUUACAUCUUGCUCCAUAGAUUGAAAAAAAAAACUUACGACGGACAUGAAUCAAGCUCAAUAGUGAGUAUAUGAUGAGAAGACAAUUUGAUAGGUUUUGCAUCGACUUCUCACCGUGGGACAACAAAUGAGUGAGAAAAGAAACACCCCGGGCGCCUGGAAGCAUAUGGUUUGUUUUAGCGAGAUAUUCUCUCAUCUUUCGAGGUUUAGCUAACCUGCACGGAGGCUUUCUUCCGGUCUGUGAGUAAUGUGACAGGAAGUGAGAUCCCGACAUUUGUUGAGCAAUGGAUCCGAUCCGGAGGUCAUGGCGCCUUUCAGGUUUGAUUUCUAUCAGUGAAUAAGAAAAUCAGACGGAUUUUUAAAAUAAUUUUCAGGAAAUCAAUUUUUAAGAAGCUGUAUUACUUAGGUUCAGUAGUAAUAAACCAUUUUUGAGAAUCUCAAUCUAAUAAAUGAAAAAGAAGAGGAGUCAGUGGCUAGUAUCAUUUCCAAAUAGUGAGGUGAAUUUUCUUUUCAACAAGUUUGAGGUUAGACGUUUUCCCGGUUUUAAGGUGACUUUCGAGUUCAAUCGGAAAAGGAACAUGAUCGAACUGGAAGUGAAGCAAGACAUCGACCAAGGCAACGGCCGUCUUCAGUGCGUCUUCCUUCCAUUUCCCGAUAGCUUGUGGUAUUUUCAGAUACGUAGGACCUCUGGUCGUGGUUGUGCAAGAGCUGGACGGCGCCUUCACUCACACGGUCCAGAUCGACGGUGCCACUUCUCAUGCCGAUCUCCAAUGCCAUUCUAAAGGCAGACGACAGAAAAAAGUUUUUUCUCACUUUCUUCAAGAUAGUGCACGACGAUUUCAGAAGCGCGUUCCUCUUUUGAGUGGGGAAGAGGUCGAAAUAGAUCUCUCCAAUUUGGACCCAGAUUCUCCUGUCCUCUGGAUACGGUAUGGCUAUCUCAUUUCGUUCUCGCUAGAAAAUUUGAAGUAACCAUACUUUUGUCGUAUUUAGGGGGUUUUUUCUUCUCUAGUGCUUUUCAGUAAAAAGCCGAAAUAAUUUGAAAAUAACGAAAAGGAAAGAAAAAAUAAUUGAUGAAAUGUUCAAAAAAAAAAAUAUCUUGAAGGCGUAACUUUACCGUUGAAAUGUUUUUGUUUUUAAUUCUUAACUUCAGUUAUGUAGAGUAUGUUUUUUCCAACUCUGGGUUUUUCCCUUUAUUGACCUUCUCUUGUUGAAGUACUUUCAGUCAUUAGAUCUUUUGAGGAUCGUUCUGUCUAUCAAAGCAAAGUCUUUCAACAAAAUUUAAUCAGCAAAAAGGGAAAGAAAACAUAAAAGAGGCGGAAACACAUUUAAAAAUAGAAGGUAAAAAUAAUAAUAACCAGUAAUGGGAGGAGGUUCGAAAUUCGUUUUAAAUAUUACUACUAAUCUUUUUUUUACGGUUCAUAUGAGCUUGUUCAAAUGGCCAUAAAAUGGUCCAUGAGUAUGAUUUUAUUUCUUCAGAAACUUAAAUAUGUUUAUCAAUUAAUCUUUUUUUUCAUGCGGAGUCAUUUGAAUUAGGAAAAAGGGACUUUCAGUGUCGACCAUGAUCAUCAUCUUCUCCGCGAUAUGGUCAUAAAUCAACCUAUCUAUCAUUGGGAGUACAUGCUCAAGUACGAAAGAGAUGUCAUAGCACAGAUGGAGGUCUCGUUUUUGACGAUGGCUCGAAGGAUAUAUAGAGAUUCAUAAAUCAUUCCGUUUCUUGGUCGAAUUUUCGGAUUUCUCUUUAAAAAAGAGUAAAAAAGUUAGAAAGUGAGCAAAAAAGCGGUCCGUGAACUCAUUCACGGCUCCACUUUCAUGGCGUAUCUCCUUUCUUUUUGUUUUGAAAUUUUUCUACUCGAAUUUUAUUUUUAUUUUUUUUUAAAUUUAUAAUUGCACCAAUUGAAAGAUUGGUUUGAUUUAGGCGCUAGACCGGCUUCAGAAGUUUCCCAGUGCGCAGAGCAAAGCCGUUAUCAUAGAAACAGUGGCUAACGACAACUUUUUCUAUCGGUAAAAUUAUUCUCUCUAAAUAUUUCUUUUUCUCUUUGAAGAGUUCGAUGUCGGGCCGCCUUUGCCCUCUCUGUUGUUUUGAAUAGAAAACUCGAGGCCUGGACCGGCGGUAGUCCUGUUCUCAUCAACAUGUUCCGGUACGUUUCAACAGUUCUUGACAACGCAAUGAAAGUUUAGAAAACGUAGCGUCAGCUUGUUUUUUCUAGCCCACACUCACUUAUUUCACCGAGCUUAUUAACAAUGUAUAAGUUUUUGAGUCUCCAGUUUUCGAGCCUCGAUUCAUAAGCUGAAAAUCCAUAGAUCUGCAAAAAAUCCACUGCAAAAAAACUCUUGAGAAAAUUAGUUUGUUGCAGGGAGCAGUAUGGCUCAAAAGCGUCUCCGAACAUUCCGCGUUCCAAUAACUACGUCGUGACAUCGCAAAAUCUUCAGCAAUAUUUUGUUAUGCAGGUGUCAAAAAGGAGAUGUUACAGGCGCCUAAGAACUUGUUUAGGCUUUACCUCAAGCAGUUUCGAGACUACGAAAACAAUCUGGGGAACCGCUGGAAGAGGUCGUUUCUUUUCUCAUGGACCUUAUCAAGUUCAAUGAUAACUCUACUAAUAGGUUUCGUCUUUUUCAAGCAACUUCUUCAGAAGGAAGAUUCAGAUAUUCGGAUGACCACUACCGCGCUUCAUUGUACAUGGCCCUGGCAACGAGUAUCGCGCCAUGCGAGACGCUGCCGCUGCACAUCCAGCUUCCGGAAAACUUGUCAGCAGAAAUUCGCUCCAUCAUUCAAGUGCCCUUUCCUCUUUUUAUCGACUUCCAACCGAGAUUCAGGAAUUCACCUACGCGCUCAACAUGGACACGAUGAGUCCAAGUUUUGGCCGGAUCGUCGGAAUCUCCGCCUUGACGGGACUCUACCACUUGCAGAAAAACGGCUACUUGCCGCUUGACUCUAAAAUUUUGUGGACUUUUGCUCAGCCCAAAGUUUGUCCACAGGUUCGAAUCGUUUUUAUUACUUUUAUGUACACAUUUUUCACUUAUUGAAACAAAAGCUGCUCAUCGGGAAAUGUUCUCAGCUCACAUUGUGACUUCAGAAUUAGCUCAUGGUGACUAGAGGAAUUUUUUUUACGUUUAUUCCGAAUCUGUGUUCAAAAUUUGAUUUGAAAUAUUCAAUUUAUCCUAAUGAGCCCCUCUUUUUUUAUUCUCGUCCAUCUGCUCAAUAAAAAAAAAUUUUUGUGAGAUGAAUUUCAGACUUCAGUUAUCAUUUUUCAAAGUUUUGCGCAUGAUGAGAUUCUUCAAGCGAGGUGAAAUGAACAUAUUCUCACAACUGAAAUUAUUUUCAUAGAAAACAUUUUCGAUUGCAACCUUGUGAAGCAGUCUUUAUUGAGUUCUAUUUAUGAACCGAAAAGUUUUGAGAUCCCUCCCCAUCUCACGACUGUUCAGAUAAGAACUGCCGCGAUAACGCUGCUGGUGGAUCGCGUUUGCAACGACCAGUUCGCCAGCGAGUGCCGUCACGAAGACGUUCUGCAACUUCUGGAAUUCGCCUGCGUCGACAGAGAUCCUUCUAUCCGAGCUCUCAUCGUCCGUCUUAUUUCCAUCACAACUCCCUUCGCUACUUUCAACAAGUAGAUCGUCUCAACUCGGAGCGAACUGUUAAAAUCAUCUUUCAGCACGGUUUAUGGCUUCAACAACGCUUGCAAUACGAUUCAGUACGCUGAAAAAUUGUGGAGUAUUGUUUCGAAUCCGAAAAUAGUGAGUUCGCAAACAUUUCAUGCUACUUUCGAAAAAUCGAGAAGAAGCGAGCAACGGAGCAAAACGAUAAUAUUUUAUAUGACAUUUUAUUAUUACAGGGACGUGUUUUUUGAAAUUUUAGAAUUGAUACAGCUUAAAUUAUUGAAAAUGAAAAAAUUUCUUUGAUAAAGGUAGAAGAACCGAAAGAAAAGAAGUGAAUUUAAAGCCAAAAAGUAGGAUUCUAAUCUGUAAUAUUUAAAAAAUUAUUCUGAGCAAAAGUCUAUGUUUGGAAUAGUUCGAGAGGCUACGACUCUUUUUGUAGGCUUCGAAAGAGAUCAGACUUUUCCCAACUGAAAAAGUCUCGAAAUAAAUCUCAUGGUUGAAAAUCUGAAAAAUUCAGGACGCUGUAGUGAGACUCGGCUGCGUGGACAUUUUCUUCUCGCAGUUUGGCCUAGGCGUUCCGCCGGUGAUGGGAGGUCCGUCAGAGGCUCCAGGUCAUCAUCGCUCCUACAGUUCCGUGGUGAGCCCUGUGCAGCAGCUGCCACUCUCGCAGUGGCACAACAGCGCCUACGAGUUCGGAAGAUCUUCUCCCACUCGCGGCACUCACAUCACCUCUUUUGGCGACGACACUCUCAAAUAG